AUGCCACCGGUACCCGGACAGAAUCCGCAACAAUACAACGCCAACAUGAACAACCAUAACAACCAAUCGAGGAACAACACGAGCGCGUCCAGUGGAUUCAUGUUUCCACAGAAUCACAUGCGCGGAAACUUUGGAGGCUCGGGUAACAACAAUGGUUAUGGGCGAUACACUGUUCGCGACGGGACCCCGCAACAGAACGACGCGCCAUUGAGCUCGACGAAUCUUUACAUUCGCGGUUUGGCGCCGAGCACCACCGAUGAGAACCUUCGCGAUCUCUGCCAAAAGUAUGGAAGCAUCGCAUCGACGAAAGCGAUUAUGGAUAAAACGACGAACCUAUGCAAAGGUUAUGGAUUUGUUGAUUUUGAAUCGCCGCACUCGGCUCAGUCGGCCGUUGAGGGAUUGAAUCAGGACGGGAUUCAAGCCCAGAUGGCGAAGCUUCAACAACAAGAGCAGGACCCAACCAAUCUUUACAUUGCCAAUUUACCCCUUGAAUACAAUGAGCAAAAAUUGGAGGCAGAGCUUAAUAAAUUCGGAAUGGUUAUAUCGACAAGAAUCCUUAGAGAUGCCAAUCAGCAAUCGCGAGGAGUUGGCUUCGCCAGAAUGGAUUCGAAAGAAAAGUGCGAAGAGAUCAUUUCGGCGUUGAACGGCGGACGAUUCGAAGGAAUGCCACCUGAGGCGCCGGCCUUGUUGAUCAAACAGGCCGACACUGGACGAAAAUCGAACCGCGGCCCGCAAAAGAAGGGACCACUUGAAGGGCAGUUCGACGCCUCGUUCUAUCAGAAUCCACACAUGAUGGGAUCGCAGGGAAUGCAGUACCCGCAAGUCUAUCAAUCCUACUAUCCAUACACAGUCUAUCCACAAUACGACGUGAACUCGCUAUCGUCGCACAUGGGUGGCAUGCAGAUCGGCGGAGGUCAAAUGCCACAGGGCGCAAACACGGACUAUUCGAUGUAUCCGGUGCAGAACGUGGCCGGCGGCCAAUCGAACGCCGGAGGCAAUUCGUCGGCCGGCAACCAACAGUACUAUAUGAACCCGAACAACGGUGGAGCGCGAAAGAUGAAGGCGGCACCGCCGAUGUAA